CACUUUUUACUUUAAAAUAUCUACCAGCUCUGAUAAAGCUCGACGUUUUGAGGUUUCCUCCCCACUUCCUGUAAUUCCUGAGAACGCUGACAAAAGCUCUGCCAAAAAGCUAUUAACAGAGUACGCGAUCCCGAAUAACUUUAUUCUUACCAUCGCUAAUUCCGGACCAACAUUUAUUCAUCUUAAGUGCAAGAAAGGCGGAGAAUAUAGAAACUGGCGCGAAGAAGAACGUAAACGUAUUAAGAAAAGUACAAGAAUUGGCUGCCCAUAUUAUAUUAGAACUGGUAACUCGUAAAACUCAAGGCUUUCAGUAUGUUAAAUCUAUCUCAGUCGAUGAACACUAUCACAAUCAUUCCUUGAAUUGCAAUGAAUUACUUGCUACAUCAUCAAAAAGAAAAAAAAACAACCUAACUCCAAAGGAUGUGGAAAGAUUAAGGAAGGAAUCGAAAGAAAUUUACCUACAAAAAUCAUUCAGUUUCAACAGUGAGAUAAAUAAAUUGACAGUACAUGAUAUCAACAAUUUGAAGUACAGCUUUAAAACCAAG